ACUUCCUGCUCUGCCCCGAGAGGGCCCUGCCGGGCGGCGGCGACAACACAAGUCGAGCCAUGGUCGCGCUGGAGAACCCGGAGGGCGGCUCGGAGGAGGCGGUGGCGGCGGUGGGAAGCGCCCCAGGCGGGCGGCGGACGCUGCCCCUUCCGGGCUGCCUGCCCGCUCUAGCUGGCUCCCAGGUGAAGAGGCUGUCAGCCUCCAAGCGGAAACAACACUUCAUCAACCAGGCUGUGCGGAACUCAGACCUCGUGCCCAAGGCCAAGGGGCGGAAGAGCCUCCAGCGCCUAGAGAACACCCAGUACCUCCUAACCCUGCUGGAGACGGACGGGGGCACAGCUGGUCUGGACGAUGGGGACCUGGCCCCCCCGGCAGCACCCGGGAUCUUCGCAGAGGCCUGCAGCAAUGAGACCUACAUGGAGGUCUGGAAUGACUUCAUGAACCGCUCUGGGGAGGAACAGGAAAGGGUUCUCCGCUACCUGGAGGAUGAGGGCAAGAGCAAGACACGGAGGAGGGGGCCUGGCCGCGGGGAGGACCGACGGAGAGAGGACCCGGCCUACACACCUCGUGACUGCUUCCAGCGCAUCAGCAGGCGUCUGAGAGCCGUCCUCAAGCGGAGCCGCAUCCCCAUGGAAACGCUGGAGACCUGGGAGGAGCGGUUGCUGAGGUUCUUCUCUGUGUCUCCCCAGGCCGUGUACACGGCCAUGCUGGACAACAGUUUCGAGAGGCUCCUGCUUCACGCCAUCUGCCAGUACAUGGACCUCAUCUCAGCCAGUGCCGACCUGGAGGGCAAGAGGCAGAUGAAGGUCAGCAAUCGGCACCUGGACUUCCUGCCACCGGGGCUGCUCCUGUCCGCGUACCUGGAACAGUGCAGCUGAUGGCAGCCCCGCCCCCCCCCCCCCCACGCUGCCUCCCCCUUGCCCAGACCUCGGAUACCAUUUGCUACAGUAUCUUUAUUAUUUUGAGAAUUUGUCCCUGUAGACACGCUCUUCCCCUCGGGUGGCUCUCUCUCACCCUGGCCCCUUCCCUGUCCACCUCUCCCAGAUAAACGCUGGGGGCUGGGGCCACCCUGGACUGGCCUGGCCUUGCAGCUCCCCGCUCUGGGACUUGUAUUCGAGCGAGGAGACCCGGCCUGGUCACCUCUGUGUUCCUUCAUUCUGCUUUUCCAGCCCCGUUUGAAGCUUAAGCGAGGAAUGAGAGGCUGGGUUUUUAUCACUUUUAAUGAAUUUGG